AUGGCGGGUUCCCAGUGCCGAUUCCGACACUGUGAAGAGGCCCUUGGUAGUGACACUGUGUGCUCAUUAUGGAGAGAGAGGAAAUGUUUAGAUCCACUUUGCAGAUUUAGACACAUGGACAUGCAGCAAAACUGCAGCAUUUCAUGCUUCUGGGAAACUCAACCUCUUGGUUGUGUGAAGAUUAGUUGUAUCUUUUAUCACAGCAAACCUCGAAAUAUCAAUGGAUUAUUUUUGCCACCAAGUAGCAAUAUCACGCUACAGAAAGAAAAUCAGGAAGGAACUCCACCCCCGACCCAGAGUCAGGAACCUCUGAAACCUCAGGAAAAUAUUUCACGACCCAUUCACCAUCCUUUAGUUUUAAAAACUAACUUUGAGGAAGAAGAGGAGGAAGUAGAUGAACAAAACGAUGCUUCUAGUUUAUGGACAAAGACUCCCGAAGAAAUUGAAGAAAAAAGAGCAAUAAAGGAGAUGUGUUAUAAAUCAGGUGAAUACUACAGAUUUCAUACUCCUCCAGAUAUUUCAUCAUCAAAAAGCAUAGCUCCUACAGCAGAAAAAGAGUUAGAAAAGCCUUUGGAAAACGGCAGUGAAUUGCAAGAAGGGGAUGGUCUUACAGUUCCAACAAAAUAUAGCCUUGAAAGGCAAGGUGAGAUAAAGACAUCCCUGGAUAGGAAACCAAGGACUGACAUUGCUGAAAAUGGAGGAGGUGACUGUUACGUUCCACAGAGAAUCAUAUUUCUUGGAGUGGAUGAAAAUAAAGCUUUAAAUGAAGAGAAAGAAAGCUCCCUGCUGAAAUGUUCAAAUACUAAAGAUAACAAGGAAAGUCCUCAUCCAAAGCGUUCCCUAACUACCCGACUAGCACCUACAGCGCAUGUUUUAAAUGCCACUGAGAAUAUCAGUAUGAAGUGCAGAGAGGAGCCCUCUUCAAUGAACAACGUCCAGCCAGUGAGGAAGCCUCAUUUUAAAGGUGUGAAAAAAAGAAAAUGGAUUUAUGAUGAACCAAAGAACUUCCCUGGCCCUGGAAUGAGGAGAGCAGUACAGGCUCCAAAUCCCAAAAAUAAAAUGAGUUAUUAUCGCAGCAAUAAAAACCGAAAUGCUGAGAAUGCAUCCUAUAUCCACGUUCAGAGAGAGACCGUCAGGACUGUCUCCUUGAAUGCACCUCCCCGCAGCAGGCCCGCAAAUGGUUCCUACAACAAAGGUGAUGUUAACAAGGAACCCAAACUCAACCUCUGUUCAGACAAAUAUAUGUCAACAUCGUAUAAUGGCUCAGCCUGGCGAAAACGAAUUCCUUUUUCAAAAACAUAUUCAAAAACUGAAAAGAUAUAUACAGAGCCAAGAAGAAACGGGAGCAAGUAAACCUGGAGGUUGAGAGAAGAGAAAAAUGAGAAAAGAGAAAAAAUGUCAGACAUCGUUUGAUUUAUAAUCAAAAAUGAAAAUUCAAAGAAUGAGAUACUCAAGUACUCCAUACUAUAUACUGGAUAGGCCAAAGAUGAUAAAUAUGCAAAUUCUGAAAA